AUGGAUAUUCUCUACCAUUGGCUUGGCUUCCCAAGUGAGCCUGAUGCCUAUGCCAAGACACACUUUCUCUUUAUAAUCACCACCUACAUCUCCUCAGAAAUUCUCUACCUGGACAAAACCUACAGAGCCUUUGAUUAUCUCAGGACACGGGUGUUGUCCCGUGGAAGAAAGAAAUUUCCCUGCUCCGCAUUCAAGAACUUCAUUACCAACAAGUUCUCCAUUCACCGCCAAGCUCUGAAUGAGCUAGAGCAGCUGUACAACAUCGAGCAGCUAUACAACAUCUGGUACAGCCCUAUAUCCCUCCCCCUUCCCAGACGCCGGAUUCCUGAUUGCAUAGCAAUGUUCUCCAAAUUUCUCGCCAAGCUUACACCACUCAUCGAAACCCAAGGGCAUAUAACCAACCUCGGCCAACUCACGGCCAAGGUCUCUAGCAAUCAGGAUCAUUAUCUCUCCUUCCGCGAGCAUGGCAAAUCUUUGGCCAAGGUGUACAAAGCCAAACCUGAACCCUACAAUGACAAGCACAUGUCCACACGUGCAGGCUUCUUUAGUGCCCUACUUUUCAGAGCGGUAACCUUUGCAGCACCAGUCAUCACAAAAGACGGCUAUGCUUUCUUCAAGAACUUGAGGAGUUGGCAAAACUUUUAUGAGCAAUAA